UGUGCGUGUCAGCCACAAGGUUGUGUGUCUUUCUGUGUGUGAAUGUGAGGGAGAAAGAGAAAGCGAAAGAGAGAGAGAGAAGUGAGAGAGAGAGAAACAUAGUCCAAGUCCUUAACACGGAGCAUGCCUCUGCGUCCGGCAGCCGGCAAACAUGAGCCACCCAGCCCGUGCCGUGUGCGUGUCAGCCACAAGGUUGUGUGUCUUUCUGUGUGUGAAUGUGAGGGAGAAAGAGAAAGCGAAAGAGAGAGAGAGAAGUGAGAGAGAGAGAGAGAAACAUAGUCCAAGUCCUUAACACGGAGCAUGCCUCUGCGUCCGGCAGCCGGCAAACAUGAGCCACCCAGCCCUCCACGGCAGGACCAGCAGCAGCAGCAGCAGCAGCAGUGCGCGCACACACACCCGCUCGCACUCUCCUCUUACGCACACACCGCCAACGGCAGCCAGGGUGCCAGCACCGACAGCGGCAGCAGCUCCCUGGAAGAGGACAUCGUCGGCGCCGGUAACGGUGACAGCGGCGUUCCCAUCGCAGUCUCGCCGGCGUUCCUACCCGCCGCCACUGCACCCAUGGAGGAGCCCACAGGCAACACGGUCGUGAUCCGCAUCGGAAUCCCAGACCUGCAACAGACGAAAUGCAUGAAAUUCAACGUGGAUGCUCCCAUCUGGCGCUCCAAGCAGCGGAUCCUGUGCACGCUCAACCAGAGCCUGAAGGACGUACUCAACUAUGGCCUGUUCCAGCCGGCGUACAAUGGCAAAGCUGGCAAGUUUCUGGAUGAGGAGAGACAGCUGAGGGAAUAUCCUUUCCCAUCCAUCGCUCCCGUACCUUAUCUGGAGUUCCGCUACAAAAGACGCGUGUACACUCAGUCGUACCUGGAUGAGAAACAGCUGUCCAAGCUCCACACAAAGGCCAACCUGAAGAAGUUCAUGGAGUAUGUGCAGCAGAGGAGCAUCGAAAAGGUCUCCCGGUUUCUGGAAAAAGGCUUGGACCCCAAUUUUCACGAUCCCGACACAGGAGAAUGCCCUCUGACGCUGGCGGUGCAGCUGGAGGGAUGUGCGGAACUCAUCAAGGUGCUGAAGAGCGGCGGCGCUCAUCUGGACUUCAGAACAAAAGACGGCAUCACCUCACUGCACAAGGCCGUGCGCAGCAAGAACCACACCGCACUCAUUACGCUGUUAGACUUGGGCGCAUCUCCGGACUACAAGGACAGUCGGGGGCUAACUCCCCUCUACCACAGCUCUAUGGUGGGAGGAGACCCUUACUGCUGCGAGCUGCUGCUGCACGACCAUGCACAGGUCGGCUGCAUAGACGAGAACGGCUGGCAGGAGAUACACCAGUCAUGCCGCUAUGGCCACGUGCAGCACCUGGAACAUCUCCUGUUUUACGGAGCGGAUAUGAGCGCCCAAAACGCUUCCGGGAACACGGCUCUGCAUGUGUGUGCACUCUACAACCAGGACAGCUGUGCUCGGGUUCUUCUCUUUCGGGGCGCCAAUAAGGAAAUCAAGAAUUACAACAGCCAGACUGCCUUUCAGGUGGCUAUUAUAGCAGGGAACUUUGAUCUGGCUGAAAUCAUAAAGGUCCACAAAGCAUCAGAUGUUGUGCCUUUCCGGGAGACGCCCUCCUACACCAACCGUCGCCGGGUGACUGGCCCCACACCGUCCCCCCGCUCGCUGCUACGCUCAGCAAGCGACAACAACCUCAACGGCAAUGACAGCAUCCACGCCCUGCGGCAGAUUCCUCGAGAGUCCCGCGGCCGCCAGCAGGGCCACUCCCCAGUGCCGUCGCUGCGGAGCCUGCCUGCUUUUGGCCAGCAUCAGGGGGGCAGCCUUGGGGAGAGUCGUCAUGGCGACUUCCCCGACAGCAGCCUCCAGAGCACGGGCAGUUCCAGGUCAUCUCAUUCCCGCUCGCCUUCUCUGCAUCAGUCCCACGAUGACGACAGGCCGGUACCCAGACGCUCCCACAGCCACGGCUACCCCCAUGGACAUCGGGGAAGACUCAGCCCCGGCUCGGUGCAACGGGACCCGAGCCCGCCUCAUCACACGCCGCCGACGCUGAUGGGCGCCCGCGGGCCCAAGCGGAAACUCUACAGCGCUGUCCCGGGUCGCACCUUCAUCGUCGUCAAGCCGUACACGCCGCAGGGAGAGGGGGAGAUUCAACUUAAUAGAGGAGAGAGGGUCAAAGACUUUGACUGUAAUGACGUAGAAGUGCUGAGCAUCGGAGAAGGAGGCUUCUGGGAAGGCAGCGUCAAAGGGAGGACGGGCUGGUUUCCUGCCGACUGCGUGGAAGAAGUUCAGAUGAGGCAGUUUGACCCUCGGCUAGAAACUCGAGAGGACCGCACCAAAAGACUGUUUAGACAUUACACUGUGGGCUCCUAUGACAACUUCACCUCAUACAGUGAUUACAUCAUAGAGGAGAAGAAUGCGGUCUUACAGAAGAAAGAAAAUGAGGGCUUUGGUUUUGUCCUGCGUGGAGCAAAAGCCGAGACGCCCAUCGAAGAGUUCACUCCGACCCCGGCUUUCCCCGCUUUGCAGUAUCUGGAAUCUGUAGACGUGGAGGGUGUGGCCUGGAGGGCCGGACUGAGGACAGGAGACUUUCUUAUUGAGGUGAACGGUGUGAACGUGGUGAAGGUCGGCCACAAGCAAGUCGUAUCGUUGAUCCGACAAGGAGGCAACCGUCUGCUGAUGAAGGUGGUGUCGGUUACGCGCAAGCCAGAGUCGGAGGAAGUUGUCCGCAAGAAAGCGCCGCCGCCUCCCAAAAGAGCCCCCAGCACCACGCUCACGCUGCGCUCCAAGUCCAUGACGGCCGAGCUGGAAGAAUUGGCUUCUGCUCGGAGGAGAAGAGGAGAGAGACUCGAUGAAAUGUUGGCAUCCCAGGAGUCCAUGUUGCGUUCUCAUCCCCCGGAGGCAGAUUACCGAGCAGCCACCGUCAAACAGCGGCCCACCAGCAGGAGAAUAACACCAGCAGAGAUCAGUUCACUGUUUGAACGACAAGGGAUGACACUACAUGGAGGUUUUCAUCCAGCCAUGGAGAGCGGUCAUAUGGCACUACCUAAGGGGAUGUCCAGGACCAAGUCAUUUGGUGCCACUGAGGAGGAUCAUCUCUCUGCCCUGGAAGGUGAGCACCGCUUUCCCCGCAGUUCCUCCAUGACAGACAGCCUCCGAGACCACCCGCAGCCUCAUCCGAUCCCACCUCCUCCGCAAACAGCACCUCCUCCACCUCCCUAUUACCUGGACACGGGACCUCCCCCGGCUUUCUGCCCACCACCGCCCCCGUCGCGGACUCAGAGUCAGGGCCACGAACCAGGGGGACGCUCCAGCUUUAAGCCCUCCUCCCUGGACCUGCCCUACGAGGCAACUCAUCGGCAGGCCGCCCAGAUAGAGAGGCAGAAGAAAGCCCGCUCCAUGAUUAUCCUGCAGGACUCGUCCCAUUUACCCGUGGAACCCACAGAAAUUCCCCGGCCUUCUGCUGCCACUCCUCCGGAGCGAAUAAAACGGAAGGGGCGGAUUAUUGACAACCCCUAUGCCAAUGUGGGUCAAUUCAGCAUUGGACUGUACACACCUACCAAGCCUCAGAGGAAGAAGAGCCCCCUGGUGAAGCAAUUACAGGUGGAGGAUGCACAAGAAAAAGCUAAUUUGGCCUUAGCAGCUGCCCACUCACGAGAGAGCUCACCCUCAGGACGACCCCCGCACGGCCACUCGCGCACCAGCCGUGCAGACUACUACCAGCAGCAGCUGAUGGCCGAGCGGGAGCGUUUGCGGGCCCAGGGCGAGGUCAUGUUUCAGGGUAAGGGCCCCUUUGCCGCCGCCAUUGCCGGAGCAGUGAAAGACCGUGAGCGUCGCCUGGAAGAGCGGCGGAGAUCCACUGUCUUCCUUUCUGUCGGAACGAUGGAGGGGGCAUCCUCCGCUGGAACGGAGGUCCCCUCUCUGACUCAGUCUCACUCCGUCGAUGAGCGGAUACUCAACAGAGAGUUUGGCCAGCUGCCACCUCCUGCCUUGGCCUUGAGCCCCUCACCUAGCGGGACCACCUUUAUCCAUCCGCUGACCGGAAAGCCCCUGGACCCCAACUCCCCUUUGGCUCUCGCGCUGGCCGCAAGGGAGAGGGCGCUGACCUCCCAGAGCCAAUCCCCAACUAGCAGCCCAGAGCCACGGACUAAACAGGAGCGAGUGGGCCAAGGCGUAAUAUUCAUUGACAGUCAGACCAAAGAGUCUCCUCAUGGAGAAGGACCACCCACAUCUCCUGCUUUUACAUCUCAAAGCUCCAAGGGGUCCACUCCAGCUUCAGUGUUAGUCCCUCAGCCCACCAAACCACCGUGGUCACCAUCAAGUGUGUCGUUCCACCAGGAGAUGGAGGCGAGGAUUGAGGAGAGGAAGGAGGAAAAGACGCGAGAAGAUAAGAAGAGCAUGUUGAUCAGUAUUAUGGACACGUCGCAGCAGAAAACGGCAGGACUGAUCAUGGUCCAUGCGACCAGUAAUGGCCAAGCUGACAGCAGGGGUCCGGAGCAAGAACAGGCAACUCUGUCGACAUCCAAAGAGCCAAGCAAGUCUCUCAGUCCACGGAUUAAGUCCCCCAGUCCCACAGUCUCUUUGCCUCAGCUUCAGAGUCAGCGUGCUGCCAGUCCAGCUCUAGAGAAAGGUCUGAUACAGGGAAGCUCGGAGGAGGACACGGAUCCAUACACGGUGACGCUGCCUCCUGCCAUGCUGUCCUCCAGUGACGAGGAAACACGUGAGGAGCUGCGUAAGAUAGGUUUUGUACCACCACCUGAUGAGUUCGCUAACGGGCUGCUAGCACAGGCUCAAGCAAAGGGUAUUUUACUCUCCCCAACCAAACCUUCUGUCCCUUCACCCACCACCCCGCCAACAUCCACUCCCCAAACUCCCUCAACGCCGAUCACCCCAACUGUAACCCCCACCCAGCUUCAGCCUCCAUCACAGCUCCCACCUCCAGCCGGCGCUCCUAUCAGUGCAGCAGCUGUCUCAGGGAAACCCUCGGACCCCCUGGAGCCCCCACCAGUGGGCGAGUCCGGCUCUGCAGCCGAUUCAGGCGUAGAGGAGGCCGACACGCGCAGCUCCAGCGAGCGGGAGAGAGACCACCACCUCGAGACCACCAGCACUGUCUCCACGGUUUCCAGCAUGUCCACGCUGUCCUCAGAAAGCGGCGAACCAGCCGACACACACACCACACACACUUCCUAUGCCGACGGGCAGACUUUUGUGCUCGACAAGCCGCCAGUGCCUCCGAAGCCCCGAAUCAAGUCCCACUUAGGAGGCAGUAAAGGCCCCGUCACCUUCAGGGACCCUCUGCUGAAGCAGAGUUCUGACAGUGAGCUGCUAUCCCAGCAACAAGCUGCGGCCCUGGCUGCGGCGCUGGCCGGAGGAGCCGGGCUGCCCCCCGGCGGAUCGGCCUCCGUGACAGGACUCGCACCCACCAAGCCGCGCUACCUCUUCCAGCGGCGGUCUAAGCUAUGGGGGGACCCGGUGGAGCCCCGCGGGCAAGGAGUGGGCCUCGGUAUUGGAAGUCUGGGCAACCUCGGCGGGCUGGGACUAGGGCUGGGUGCUGAUGAAGGAGCGAAACCCUCUGUGAUGGGGGAGCUCAGUUCACGACUACAGCAGCUCAAUAAAGACACGCGGUCAUUGGGGGAGGAACCGCUGGGGGCAUCACUCGACCCUGGGAGGAAGUCUCCUGUAGCAGGUGCCAGACUUUUCAGCAGCCUAGGUGAACUCCACACCAUUUCUCAGAGAAGCUACGGCACCACGUAUACUAUCCGCCCCGGCAGCCGCUACCCCGUCAUGCGACGCACCCCUAGCCCGGGCUCCCCCGACCGGAGUGACCCCCUCGGACGCUACCCGGGCUACUCGCCGACCACGCCCCCGCCGACCAUCCUCAAAUCGUCCAGCCUCAGCCUACCACAAGAGCCCAAGGAGGUCCGCUUCGUGAUGCGGAGCUCCAGCGCCCGCUCCCGCUCGCCGUCCCCGUCGCCCUCACACUCUCCCGGUCUGGGUUCGCCGCUGCUGGCGCUCAGACCUUUCCACCAGAAGCCCCUGCACCUGUGGAAUAAGUACGACGUAGGAGACUGGCUAGAGAGCAUCAACCUGGGCGAGCACCGCGCCGGCUUCCAGGAGCAUGAGAUCGAGGGCUCCCACCUGCCGGCCCUGACCAAGGACGACUUCGCCGAGUUGGGCGUGACACGUGUGGGUCACCGCAUGAACAUCGAGCGGGCACUCAAGCAGCUGCUGGAGAGCUGACCCUUGCCCUGAGACCACACCCAUGACAGCGGCCGGGUGGAUGAAAAAGCAACAGCUCCUCUUUUACUCGGGCUGCGCCAUUGUUUGGUGUCGUGCACUGAAGAGGAGGAGUCCGCACCUUCGUCCUCCUGAUGACGCCUCCACAUUGGGCUCCACCACAUUAUGUUAAGCCGCGUGCCGUUCACUCUUUCCGUUUUCAAUUGCCAAUCAAAAAUCAAAAACUGAAAAAGUGACUGAUUUUGUUUUUCACCCUACUAUAAUAAACGAAAAAAUGAUUCGCGUUUUAAUUAAUAGCGGGCUCCGACCAAAAAAUAUAAAAUGUCAAAAUGAACCAAAAGACUAAAUUUGAUUUAUUUUUAGAUUGUUACUAUAAUAACAAUAAUUAUUAUUGUUUAGAUUUUGUAUUAGAUUUAGAUUUUGUAUCAGUCCAGUUUUCAUGACGCGUUUGUUAAUGAGCAUUUGAUUGUUAGCUCCACAAUUAUUCAAAAAGUAAAGAAAUGGGAAUAUAUGACAUCAUUUCAGCUAAAUUAUCUGCAAAUAGAACAGAAAAUAAAUGUCGACCUUAAAACAAGCAAACAGUUGGGUAAAAAAAAAAAAAAACACAAUAUGGGUGAAAGGGACCGAUCCACUCCUUGGCUCAAUUUGACCCAAAUUUUGGGGGUUGUUUUGCACCAACAACAAAACUAUUGGGUCGUUUUGUAUGAAACAACUGGAAAAAUGGUUUGUCUUGUACAAAACAAACCAGAAAGUUGGGCCAAAUUGACCCAAGGAGUAGAUUGAUCCUUUUUUAACCCAAAUUGGGUUGAGUGUAGCAGGCCUCAAAAACUUCUCCUUAUAUUUUUCCAACAUUUGCAGAAGCUAUUUCCAAUUUUAAUCUAAAUUUACUUAUAGCUAGGAAUAAAUUGUCCGGGUUAUGUAAACCCAACUAAUUAAAUAUGAAAACCAAACUCAAUACCAUACCAUAAUUCCACAGGUAGUAUAAAUUCGGAAAUAUAAAUGAGGGUUUUUGAGGCUAGACAUAUUUACCCAUUAUGACAAAUCAAUCCAAAUCAGCUUAUCUUGUGGUUGCUGAUAAUUGUGCUGAAAUUGGGUCAUAUAUUCCUCAUUUUAAUGCUUCUUGUUUUAUACAACCAUUUUUUGCAGCGCAUUUGAUGGAUUAUGAUUGUGAUUUGGACUAAUUGCGGCCACUAACAAGCUAAUUUAUCUUAACUAUUAUAUCUUUGCUACACCAAACAUUCAGUCACAUAAACCUGAGCAAUUAAAUAGUCAA